AUGGGCUGCAACUGCAGUUCUGAUUACUAUGAUGACGACUUCAUCGAGAACUUAGAUGAAAUAUGUGAGCACUGCAACUGCCCAGUACCCCCAAGGCCAUUCAAUCAGGUAUGUGUGAGGUUGUUAGUGUAUGUGGAUUCGUAUCCCCCACAAUACAUUCAACCCAACUCUCCUAUGGAGAACCUGGUGGUUUCCCUAUACAACUAUGAACCACAACACAGUGAUGACCUGGGCUUUCAGAAGGGGGAUAAAAUGAAGAUCCUAAACACAGAUGAUCCUGAAUGGUACAUGGCAGAGUCCUUGGUCACAGGAGAGAAGGGCUACAUCCCACAAAACUUUGUGGCCAAACUGGACAGCUUGGAGACAGAACCGUGGUUUUUUAAGAACCUCUCCAGAAAUGAUGCCAUGAGACAACUGCUGGCUCCAGGAAACACACAAGGCUCCUUCCUCAUUCGAGAAAGUGAAACCACUCCAGGGAGUUACUCACUAUCCAUUAGGGACUUGGACCAGAACAUGGGUGAUACCAUCAAGCACUACAGAAUCCGGAACCUGGAUAAUGGAGGAUUCUACAUCACCGCAAAGAUCUCUUUCAGCUCUCUGUCGGAGCUGGUCAAGCAUUACUCACGUGAUGCAGAUGGUUUGUGCACCCGUCUGGUGAAGCCAUGUCAAACAAAGAUGCCACAGAGGCCAUGGUGGCAGGAUGAGUGGGAGGUACCUCGAGAAUCUCUCAAGUUGGAGCGGAAACUGGGCGCAGGCCAGUUUGGAGAGGUGUGGAUGGGCAUUUACAAUAACCACCGGAGGGUAGCUAUUAAAUGUCUGAAGCCAGGUGCUAUGUCCAUCAGUGCGUUCCUGGCAGAAGCUAACCUGAUGAAGUCCCUGCAGCACCGACGUCUGGUUCGCUUGUUUGCCGUGGUGACGCAGGAACCCAUCUACAUCAUCACUGAGUUCAUGGAAAAUGGUAGUCUGGUGGACUUUCUGAAGACUCCAGAAGGAUGUGGUUUACCCAUCAACACAUUGAUUGACAUGGCCUCUCAGGUGGCAGAGGGCAUGGCUUACAUUGAGCAGAAAAAUUACAUCCAUCGAGACUUGAGGGCAGCCAACAUCCUGGUGAAUGAGGAACUCAUCUGUAAGAUUGCUGAUUUUGGAUUGGCCCGACUCAUUGAGAACAAUGAAUACACAGCAAGAGAAGGUGCCAAGUUCCCCAUCAAGUGGACUGCUCCUGAAGCAAUAAACUACGGCACCUUUUCCAUCAAAUCAGAUGUAUGGUCUUUUGGAAUCCUGCUGACAGAGAUUGUGACCUAUGGUCGAAUCCCUUACCCAGGCAUGACCAAUCCUGAGGUGAUUCAGAAUCUUGAGCGAGGAUACCGUAUGCCUCGUCCAGAUAACUGCCCAGAGGACCUUUACAGCAUCAUGCAGUUGUGCUGGAAGGAGAGCCCAGAAACGAGACCCACCUUUGAAUACCUGCGUAGUGUUCUGGAGGACUUUUUCACUGCCACAGAGAGGCAGUACCAGGAGCAGCCCUGCUGA